AUGGGUUACAUCAACAACAUUCUUGGUCAGCUGAAUCAAGCCCAGCUGGUGGAAGAAGCAAUCCCUACCCUUUGCGAUAGGCUUCAACAUGGAUCUUUGUCGGCUGAUAGACGAGCUGCAGUUCUUGGUUUAAAGAGUUUUAGUAGACAAUAUCGUGAGUUAGUAGCUGAAUAUGGAUUAAGGCCAUUGAUUGCAACUAUGAAACGAGAUUCCGAUAAUGCAACUAUAAUUAAAAGCAUAUUAGAAACAAUAUUGAUUUUAUUUAUAAGAGGAGAAGAAUCAACAAGUGGUGAUAGUCAUACAGAAAUUGUCAUGAAUACUACCGGAUGGAUAUCACAACAAUCACGUGUCCAAAAUGGGAAAUAUCCUUCACCAUUGCUUAUGGAGGACAUUUCACUUGAUCAAUUAUCUAUGUGGAUUGCUGAUGAAUUUACUCAAGAUCAAGAAAUACUUAAAGUCCUUAUUGAUCAAUUAUUAGAAAAUGAUUAUCAUUUACGAUUGUAUACAAUCCAGCUUUUAGAAUCAUUAGUUUCUACGAGAGGUAGCAGAAUAAAAGAUGCAUUCUUGAAUAUUCCAACGGCGAUGUCAUCCAUGUGUUCUUUAUUAGAUGAUCCUAAUGAACCGGUUAGAAAUGAAGCCAUCUUGUUACUCAUGGCCCUUGCGAAUGAUAAUUUCAAUAUUCAAAAAUUAAUCGCAUUUGAAAAUACGUUUGAAAAGUUAUUUGAUGUUAUAGAAGAGGAAGGGGGAAUUAGAGGAUCAAUUUUAGUUCAAGAUUGUUUGACUUUAAUUACCAAUUUAUUACAAUUUAAUGCAUCCAAUCAGAAAUUCUUUUUAGAAACCAAAUGUGUUUCCCGUUUGGCUGUUUUGCUAAGUGAACCUAUAGAAGAAUCUCCAAUCCAAGAUGAGAACCAAGGUAUGGAUGAAAAUGGGUUCCCAUUUCCUCCACCUAUAAUAUGGACCGAACAACGUUUACAAAAUAUGAUAAUUGCAUUAGAAAUAUGUCGCUUGUUGGUUUCAGAGGAUAACGAAUUAGUUGUAGCCAAUCAAAAUAACUUAUUUCAACAAGGAAUUCAUUAUGUGGUACUCAAAUUGGUAUUCUCCCCCGUUAUGGAUAAUAGAAUAAGAUCGAUAGCACUAUUAACUGCUGCUGAUGCAAUUAGUGGAAAUCCAAAUAUUCAGUAUGAGUUUAGUCAAUUCGAUAUUCCAUAUAUUGAUCCGUCAUUACCUAGUGUCCAAGCCGUAUAUGAUGGAUUGAUUCCUGUCCCAUUUGCAUUGCUUAAUUGGUGUUUGUACAUAAAUUCAGUUCAUGCGUUUGAUAUCCGGGUGGGAGCUGCGUGUUGUUUAAGAGCAUAUUUUAAAGAUAAUAAAGAAUCGAAGCAGGCAUUUUUAAAUGAUCAAAUCAACGCCUAUAACAUCCCAGAUUAUUUUGAGAAUCUUCAAAAAAAGUCGCAAAUGCAACAUGAUCAUCCAGAAGAAGCGCCUCCGGUGGAAAAUAAUGAGAAUGUUCGUUCCAAUCCUACUGUGUAUGGUAACAUUUUCCGUACAUUAAUGGAUUACGAUGCAGAGGUUCAUUUAAAUCCAUAUAAGGUUUGGUUUGCAUCCCUCGUCUUAAUGUGCUUAAUAACUGAUGAAGUCAACGACAUCAAAGAAAUAGCACGCGGCGUUAAAACUGGAAAUGAAGAAUCGGGAGAAGAGGUUAUGACUUGCAUCCAAGCUAUUUCAGGAUUAUUAGUGGCUGCUUUGGAGAAAAAGUCUGAUCAACAACGUAUUGCAAUUGGGUAUCUCAUGUUGUUGACAGUUUGGCUCUGGGAAGAUUUCGACGCAGUGAAUGAUUUUUUAAGUGAUUCGAGUAAUAUUAAAUCAAUUUUGACCUUUUUGUCUAAUAGUGAUACUUCAUAUGGGAAUAAUGAUGUGAUUAUUCAUGGUAUGGCAACAAUUUUGAUUGGAACAGUAUAUGAGUUCUCAAGUAGCAAAUCACCAAUGUCAAGGAUGGAUUUGUACCUGCUUGUAAAUAAAAGCUUGGGUAAAGACAAUUAUUCAUUGAAGAUAAAACAAUUUAUCACCCUGUUGGAGUUUAAGCAAUUUGAAGAUUUGCUGAUGUUUUCAGGAAAGAAAGAUGACACUGGCUUGCCAGAUGUGUAUUUUGAUCUGAUUUACAUUGGAUUGAUUAAGGAGAAUUUCCCUCGGAUCAAAAGGGCUUUAUUCCAUGAUCCAUUGGCGGAACCUCGAGCCAAGAUCUCAUAUGACCUCUUUGAAGAGUUGGAUGGUAAGGUGACCGAGUUGACCCAGGAUUUGUUAAAAGAGAAGCAAAAUGCCAAAGAUAAUGAUGCGGACCUCAACUCAAAAAUUGCUGAAUUGAAUGCCUUGAUUACUGAACUACAGAAUAAAUUGCAAAACAUGGAAAUUGAAUUAAUUAAAGCUAGAGAAGAACAUGCCUCUGUAAAUGAAAAUUUCACUGUGACUUCAGAAACAUUAGCGGCAAUGGAAUCAUCUAAGAAGGAAUAUGAAGUUGCUUCUCAAAAAUAUUUCCGUGAAUUACAAGAUGCUCGAAAGAAGCUUUCAAGUUCUGAAGAUUCGAUUAAACAUUUACAAGCGAAAUUAGAUGAAACCGAGCUGGCCAAGAAAAAGUUAGAAGAUGGAAUAAAUAACAUGACUAGAGACUUGUUUCAACUCAAAAAACAAAAGGAUGAAGCUGAAGCAAAGAUGAAAAAGAUUGAACGAGAUGUGAAAAAUUCUCUGGGGGAUUUAGAUAAAAGCAAGAAGACAUAUGAGACCCAGAUUCAAAGAUUGAGAGCUGAAAAUGAAGAAUACAAAUCACGUAUUGAAAAGGCUAAUUCGAGAUUGAAUGAUUUCACCAAGGACACAGAAGUUAAAAUCAACGAUUUAAAUGAAAAACUUGCAGAUUCGGAAGCUAAUAACGAACAUUUGAUGGAUAAAUUGAGAUCGGCUGCGGUUGCAUUUCAAGAAUUAAGAUCAAGAUCCCAAUCAGUGGAACCAACUUUAUCAACUAGUUCCAAACUAGAUGAAGACGCUGAGAAGAAAUUGAAGGAAUUACAAUUAGAAUUAGAACAACUGAAUAAAGAGAAGAGCGACCUUCAAAACGAGUUGGAUGAGGUCAAGCAGACAGCCAAAAAUGAUAUUGCUCAUUUGAAACUUGAGAUUAUCGACAUCCAAGAAGUUAAUGACGAUAUUGCGAGUGAAAAACAGGAAUUGGAAGACAAAUUCCAGGAAUUGAAACUUGAGCUUGAAAAGACUGCUGGUGAUAUUGAAUUGUUAAAGAAGGAAUCUGAAACUACAAUAGCUGAAUUGAGAGCUGAAAUUGAUAGGCUCCAAAGCCAACUUAUAAUCGCUAGUCAAAAUGGAGAAGAUCGAUCGCUGGUGGUAUCCGAAAUGGAAAGUGCAAGCAAUGGGAAGAAUGUAGAUGUAUUACAGAAGGAAUCUUCUACAAAUAAUAAUGAGCUGUCCGAAGAGGUUAUAUCCAAGAUUAAUGAAAUCAAAGAGUUAAAGGAAGCUCACCUGAGAGAGAAAUCUGAAAUCGAAUUGAAGGUAUCCGAAUUGCAAAGCGAAUUGACGAAGCUAUCGUCGGAAUAUUCCGCCAGUCAAGAUGAAUUAGCAAAGAGAGCAGAUAAGAAUCUCGAUUUGAAAUUGCAGAUUGAGGAGUAUGAAGAUCGUAUUGUUGAAUUAGAGAAUCUCUUAAAGGCUGAUGAUAAAAUGGGAACCUUACUGGAAACUCUUUCUGCACUUAAAUUGGAAAAAAAUAAGUUUGAGACGGAACUUUUUGAAAAGCUGACUAUGGUAGAGGAGUUAAAAGCUCAAUUGGAAAAGAAAGAGUCUGAACUUAAAAAGGUUGCCAUUGCAAUUGCGGCUUUGGAAGAAGAUAAGAGACAUCAGAUUCAGGAAAUGGGGAAACAAAUGGAAAACCUUAAAUCAAGUCUGGAGGAAUCGAUUAAUGAUUUGCAAGAGUUAGUAGAGGAGUUGAGAUCUGAAAAUGAUACUGUUAUCAAAACUUUAAAAGACCGAGCAUAUGACCUUCAUUCUGAAAAGAUGGCUUUGUCUGUAACAUUGGAUAAAGAACGCAAAAAUGCAGAAUCAACGAUUGCCAAACUCAAUGAAGAAAUUAACAGUCUAGCCUCCUCUUUGAAAGAAAAUGAAGCCAGAGUAACCGAAUUAGAAGAACUGUUGCAAUCAGUUCAAACUGACUUUGAAUCAAAAUCUCAAGAAUUAUCUGCUGCUCAAGAUGAAGUUUUGAGAUUAUCCACUGAAUUGACCCAAUCUAUUAAUGACUUCGCAGCUCUCGAACAGGCUCAUCAAUUGUUGGAAGAAGAAUUAUAUACUGCUAGCGAAAACCUUUCUGCCAAGUCUAUCAAGAUGGAAAACAUGGAACGCUCAAGUGCAAAUUUGAAUGAAAGUUUGAAAACUCUCAUGGAAGAAUUGAAUCGAGUGAGGACGAGGUAUGAUCAUGAUUCUGAGGUGUGGCGUAAGCAAAAAACUGAAUUGAUUAAUGAUUUUACUAAUCAGUUGAAUGAAAAGACUCGCGAAAUUGAAAAGGCAAGGUCUGUGAUUGCAUCUGGAUCAGAGAAUAGUGUUAUUGAGGAGUAUGCUGAAAAGAUUAGAGAGUUGGAAGAUAAGCUCGAGUCCAACAAAUCAGAGCAUGAUACUUGGCAGGAUGAAAACUCCGAAUUAGAAGAACAGAUAAAGCAAUUAAGAUCGGACCUUGAGCUGAGAGAACACUUAAUAAACGAAAAGAGUUCCGAGCUUGAAGAAUUAAAAUUGGAAUUGGAAUCUACCAAUGAUAGCGUGGAGACAAAGGAAUCUGAGAUUGAGGGAUUGAAUGAAACGAUUCAACAAUUGCAAAAUGAACUCAGAAAUAUGGGUGAAGAAUUGGACACAAUGAAGAAGAAGAAUGAAGAUUUAGUCUUAGAGAUAUCCAAACAAGAGGAAGAGCUAGUACAUGUGAAAGAUCUUCUUGAAUCCAAACUGGUCGAAUUAAACAAUUUGAGCUCACAGGCACUUUCAGGUAAGUUGGAAGUUGAUGUCGAAGAAUUAGAAGCAAAAGUCGAAUCUUUGACUGUAGAAAAACAGCAACUAAGUUCAUUGGUAACAGAAAAGGAAAAUGAGGUUGUGCUUUGCAAUGAGAAAAUAGAAGACAUUACAAGUGAACUUGAGAAGGUAAAGGCUGAGUAUCAUGAAUCCGUCGAAUCUUUAGAACAUAUGAAAAAUGAAUUGGAUGAAAAGUCUUCCUUGUUGAUAAAGUUGCAAGUAGAGUUGGAAACUAAAACCAAGGAAAAGAUUGAAAUUGAUGAAUUGGUGAAAUUGAAAUCAGAUGAAGCUCAGAAAUUUGAACAAAUGUUGACAAAAGUAACAGAGGAAUCCAAUGAUUAUCAAGACAUAAUCAAGAAAUUAGAAUCUGAAUUAGAUACAUUAAAGGAAUCAACUGAGGCCGAGAAGGUUGGAGCAGAAAAUGUAGCUGAAUUGCAGAACUCGGUCGAGUUGAAAGCAACGGAAUGUGCCGAGCUUGAGACUUCCAAAAAUGAAUUAGAGAGAGAGUUGGUGGAAACAAAAGAGCGAAUUCAGGAACUUAUUACUAGCAAUACUUCAUUAGAAGAAUCUUCAUCUAAACUCGCAAGUCUCGAAAAUGAAUUGGAGCAAGCUAAUCAGCAGAUUGAAGUGUUGGAAACCGAGAAGCAUGAGUUGGUCCAAAGACUAGAAAAGAUUCAACAGGAGUAUCGUGAGUUAGAUGCACAAUCAGCAAAGAAUGAGGAAUCAGCCGCUGCUGAGGUUGACACAAGACAUGCAUUGUCCAUUGUACAAGAGGAGCUUCACCAAGCCAAUUCUGAAAUUGAACAAUUACAAAACGUAGCGAAGGAGAAUAAAGAUUUACAGAACCGAUUGGAAAAAUUCGAAUCGUUGAAUGAAAAGGUUAAUGAAGAAUUACAUACUCUUAGAUUUGAAAAUGAUGAAAUGCAAGUUUUGUUAGCCAACGAGAGAUCAGAGAAUAAGCAAUUAACCCAACAGUUAAUUCAACAGCAUGAUACAGAUAGACAUGAACAAGAAAUUAAGAAAUUAAAGGAUAAAUUAUCCGACAGUGUCCCUAGAUCUGAUCUUGAUGAUCUUAUGUUGUUAAUGUCUGAUUUGGAUGAGAAGAACAAUAAGUACAAGAAGAGAUUGAAAAUGUUGGGUCAAGUAGUUUCUAGUGAUGAAGAAGAUUCAGAUGACGAGGAUGGUGAUGAUGGUGAUGAAGAAGAAGAAGAAGAUUUGUUAUAA